AUGGUGGCUAGUGAGAGACGAGAAUCCCAUUUCACUUCCAUUAUUGAUCGUGGCAAGAAGGAGACCUACUUUUUCUUGGUGAUGGAGCUUGUUGGACAAAGCCUGGCGGCGCUGAAAAUGGCAAGGCCAGCAAAGAUAUUUUCAAUAUCUACUGGUUUGGGAGCCGGAAUUCAAUGUUUGGAAGCAUGCCAAGACCUGCACAAAUACGGAUUCAUACAUCGGGAUCUGAAACCGGCUAACUAUGCUAUUGGUCUAGCGGAAAAACGGAGAACUGUGUACAUUCUCGAUUUCGGUAUAGCACGGAAAAUAUUGAAUCCGAAAGGCGAGCUGAAAGCUCCACGUCAAACUGUUCGCUUCAAGGGAACUAUCCGUUUUGCCUCGAUAGCAUGCCAUAAAAAUAUUGAAAUGGGUCCAAAGGACGACUGCGAAUCCUGGUUCUACUUACUACUCGAUCUUAUAAUGCCAAGAGGGCUUUUAUGGAAAUCGGUCCCUGACAAAAAUAUGGUGAGAAAAAUAAAAGAAGAAAUGCGCACAAUCAGAAGAGAAGCAGCAUUCCAUGGAGUUAAGUGUAAAACACAACUUAUGAGCGUUAUGGAUUACUUGGAUACGUUACAGUAUCAAGAUCGUGUCGACUAUGAAUAUAUAUACAAGUUACUAGAGCUA